CUAUCUAGGUUUUUACGUAUUGUUUUCCUUGCCUUAAUGUGAAAGUUACACUCCUAUCAUUUUUUUAUUUGCGUAUAUUUAUUUUGGUUUAGUGAGAUCAAGUUCUGUAAUCAUUCAUCAUCAUCUACAAUCAUGUGCAGUUUGUCUACAGAGCCUAGAUGUACUGUAUCUACAAUAGUGCUUAAAAACUCAGUAUUUUUUGACAAAUGUUUUUCUAUGUGAGCAAUGUAUCACACAUUUCAAUGAAUGUAUUUCUGUAAUUGUAUUCUUCCUUUAUGCAAUGUAUUUGAAAUAUUAUUUAAUAUUGUCUCUUGCUUUGGCCAGCAACAUGAUCAAAAAAGCCAGCUUUCUUCUCCUCUCUGCUCUCCUUAUCUGCUGUGGAGCAGAAGACACAGUGGGCUCAGAGCAGGAGGCUGAAGUGCACUGUCCUCACACUUGCCCUCAGUUCUGGACUCGUAAUGGUACCCGCUGUUUCAAGUUUGUCUCCAAAGCAAGAUCUUGGGCCGAAUCUGAGCUUCACUGUUUGGCGAUAGGAGGGAACCUGGCCUCGGUGCACAGCAUAGAUGAGUACAGCUUCAUCCAGGAACUGAUCCUCGGACACACUGAAGGCACUCCUCGUACUUGGAUCGGAGGAUGUGAUGCUGCUCAGGAGGGUCUGUGGUUUUGGAGUGAUGGGUCCAGGUUUGACUUCACUACCUGGGCUCCUGGUCAGCCUAAUAACUUUGGUGGACAGGAGCAUUGUGUGGAAAUGAAUUUUCCAGGUACAGUCACCACUAUUCAAAUAAUAUUUCUGCUACAAUGAAAAUCUUGAAUCCCUUGAAAUUAAUUACAUAUACAGAAUUAUAUAUACACAUACAAAAAUUCAAGUCAUAAUCAUGGUAUGGUA